CAUUUGUCUUUCAUUCCAUUCCUUUACUCUACACAUCACACAACAAAUAAAUUCUUCAAAAUAUUUCUUGAUAGAAAACACAUUUCUUUCGAGAACUGAAAUUUCUUCACGAAAUUUGCUGCAAAUGGACAAAGAACUACAACAGCUGAUCCCCGAAAGUGAUCUGGAUGGUAUUGGAGGUUGUGAAUUUGAGUCGCGAUAUUGCCUGGAUGAAAAGACCAUUCUGUCUCCGGUUAUACCCUGCUUGAACAGCAAUGAAAUGGUAGGCCUUCAAUUGGGCGUCAUGGCCAAUCAUAUGAUCCUCAUGAGAAACAUGUUGUGUAGUCCGCAAAAAUCAGUUAAGUGCCUAAUAACGGCGCCAAAAACUGAACAAAAGGAUGCAUCAACCAGUACUCAAAUGUUUCACGGAAAUACAUCUUUGAUUGUGUUAGGUCGCCUUCGUCAAAAGUUAGAGCAAUCGGAGACCAUGAUCUAUGACCACACUGCCAAUAAGGUAAUACAGAUUUCGGCCCCUAGGAAUUUGCCAAUUUUGAAGACUUCCCAGCUUGUGUUGGAGGAUGCUCCACAAACUCCACCACAGCGAGCUGUUAUCAAGCUUACACCCGUAAAAUUAGCCACUUCGGAGAAUGGAUGGGUAGCCAAAUUGGAUCCACCAAGGACUGAAAGUACCCCAUCAAGGGAGUUAGUCACAGAGCCACUGCAGCGCUGCACCACAAGUCCUGAUCUUUUCAGGCUGCACCGCCAACUCUGGCGUAGAAUCCCCAUACAGAAUCCAACUCUGCAGCUUACCUUAGCUGUUAAAAGUAACCUGCAGGUUACCAGGACUGAAAGCAAUAGGGCUUCUAAGGGCAGGGGUCCCAGCCUGAUUCCCAAACUGAUUCCCUACCAGGGGAUCACCGUUCCAAAUGUGCCCAGUUUGCCUAAUUUGGCCAAAACUCGGACUCCUGUACAAGGGCAAGGCAACAGAGUGAGCCCAAAACGCAUGAAUUUGACCAAGAAAACUGAGGCAACGCCUGCAAACAGAAAGUCCCCAUUAAAAACCACCAUCUUGAACGUGCCAAAAAGCAUCAGUACUCCAGUGGCUGCCCACAGACGUCCUGGAUGUGCGGAACCAGACCUCCAGCAACAGAAGAACCUUCUUGAAUCUCUGGUCUACCGGCAGUCGAAGGAUAAUCAGCGUCUAAAGACCAAAUUUCGAGAGCAACAACAGGGACUGAUGGCCCAAAUGCUCGGUGAUCUCAACCAAGCCAUCGAGAUCUCCAAUGGACAACCCCAGCAAUUUCAGCCAUAAUUGAUCCAAGGACCGCAGAAACUAUAUCAAAAUUUAAACGUUCCGGAAUGCACUCAGAGAAAAACUGAGGAACAGCAACAGACAGGGGAAUCAUAUUACAUAAUCUUCUGCCAAGAGUUUUCAAUUUUCUUCGCUCGUUAAUUGAAAUUGAAAAUUCUUGACUGGAGCAUUUCCAACUAAAUGGAGAGUUUACAUCGAGUUGCGACAAGUGUAUGUCAGUAUUUCAGAAAUCUGUGUAUAUAUAAGAUGUCCCCCUAGUCUUGUAUUUUAAUAAUAAUUUUUACAAAUA